ACAGCUCACAGCAACCUCCUGCUCUUGGGCUGAAGCGAUUCUCUUGCCUCAGCCUCCUGAGUAGCUGGGACUACAGGUGCCUGCCACAACGCCUGGCUAUUUUUUUAGAGGCAGGGUCUCAUUCUUGCUCAGGCUGGUCUCUAAAUUUUGAGCUCAGGCAAUCCACCCGUCUCGGCACCCCAGAGUGCUAGGAUUGUAGGUGUGAGCCACCACUCCCCUGAUUUUUAAAUUCAUUUCUAGUCAUAUUGCCUUGUAACCAUAUAAUUUUUCUUUUUACAUUUUUGAAUGUUAUUGAGAUUUUCCUUGUGGACCAAAUAUGGUCAGUUUUCAUGACUGUUGCAUCAGCUCUUGAAAAGAAAGUAUAUUGUCUAUUAUUAUGAUAGAGAAUUUGAAACACCGAUGAUUUAAUUUAGGUCUUCUGAAUGGUUAUUUCUGUUUGGUCUACUUAAUGAUUCUUGGACUAUGAGAGGUGAAUUAAAAUCUCUUAUUUGUAUGUUUUGGUCUAUUUGUCUUAGUAUCCCUAUAAUUUCUUCUCCCUGGAAAUUGUUGCAAUAUUAUUUGGAGCGUUAUGAAUUAUACCAUGACCAUUAUGAAUUGCCCUUAUCUGGCUCACAUAGUGAUGUUACUCAUAAAUUUUCACUGUCUGGUAUUAAGACCAUGGCUCCCAAAAAGCUUUGCUUUUGUGUAUAUUUGCUUUUAUUAUCUUUGCUUGGCCUUUUUCUUUUAGCCAUUCUAAAUCACUUUGCUGGCCAGGCGCAGUGGCUCACGUCUGUAAUCUUAGCACUCUGGGAGGCUGAUCUCUUGAGUAGACAGAUCUCUUGAGCUCAGUAGUUUGAGAUUAGCCUGAGCAAGAGCAAGACCCUGUCUCUAGUAAAGGUAGAAAUAAUUAGCCAGGCAUGAUGGCAGGUGCCUGUAGUCCUAGCUACUUGGGAAGCUGAGGCAAGCGGAUCAUUUGACACCAGGAGUUUGAGGGUGCUGUGGCACUCUUCCCAGGUUGGGGAGGGGACAGAGUUUCAUCUCAAAUAAAUAAAUACAUACAUACAUUCAUACAUACAUACAUAAAUAACUUUGGGGUAUGUCCCUUGAAUACAGGAGAGUUUGGUUUUGCUUGGAAUCUGAAACUGUUUUAUUUUUAUUUUUAUUUCUUUAUUUUUUUGAGACAAAGUUUCACUUUAUCACCCUCAGUAGAGUGCUGUGGCAUCACAGCUCACAGCAACCUCAAACUCUUGGGCUUAGGCGAUUCUCUUUCCUCAGCCUCCCAAGUAGCUGGGACUACAGGCACCCACCACAACACCCGGCUAUUUUUUAGUUGUAGUUGUCAUUGUUCUUUGGCAGGCCUGGGCUGGAUUCGAACCUGCCAGGUCCAGUGUAUGUGGCUGGUGCCUUAGCCGCUGGAGCCACAGGCACUGAGCCAAGUCACUUAAUUUUCUGAAAGUUAAAAAGGGGAGCAGGGGCUGGGAAUGGCUGAGUAAUGAUCACUGCAGCCCUCAUUGAGGGGCCAGGCUGAGUUAAGACACUACGCUGACCCUAGUAGUUUGGGCCAGGACCUCCAGACUCCAUUAGGGGGAGAAUGCAGCAGGCUCCCCUGCCUCCCACUGCUUGUGUGAAACCUUCUGACCCCCGUGUCACCCCUCACAUCCCCAACCCCAAGCCACACAGUCCCAGUGACUCCAGGUUUCCUCUUCCUGCCAUGGGGGCUCUGGUGCUGAUGGGGGUGGGGAGUUGGUUCUUCUGUUUGGGGCAGCAACUUCUUGGGUGGGGACCCAGGCCCUCAACAGCAGCUGCACCCCGGGGCCCUUCAGUCUUGCCAGCCUGAUCUCUGGCCCCAUCUCUCCCUAUUUCCUUCCACUGAAGCCCUGCCUUGGGGUGAUGUCGUGGUAUCAGGGACCAAGAGCCACAUCCCUGUGUCUGCUGACAGGGGAGAGGGAGGAACAAAGACGCCAACCUGCAGGGGUGGCAGAGACAGGGGCCCUGGGGAGAAGCAUCAGGAAGAAGGAAGUGAGAGGUGGGGGGUGACAUUGAGGGAGUGGUUGGAGGUGUCAGAAGUUUCUGCCAUUAACUGUUAGGCUCUCCUUUCCUCUCUGGUGGGGGUGUGCCCUCUGAUUCCCCCUCCUAGGGGAGGGGCCCCUCGGCUGCUGCCCUGCCAUCUGGUUGUCCGUGUCCUGGUUUGACAGGCUGAGUCCUGCCUUUGCUGCCAAUCCUCUGUGCCAUUUGGAGCCUCAGUUUCCCCGCACUAGAGUGAGAGGUUAGACCAGGUUCUCUCCAGCUGGGGAUGGUCUGUGACCUUUUUAUUUUGAGACAGUCUCACUUUGUCAUCCGUGGCAUCAGAGCUCACAGCACCUCAAACUCCUGGGCUCAAGUGAUCCUCCUCCCUCAGCCUCCAGAGUAGCUGGGACUACAGGUACCCUCCACAACGCCUGGCUGUUUUUUUAGAGAUGGGGUCUCACUCUUGCUCAAGCUGAUCUUGAACUCCUGAGCUGAGGCAAUCCACCUGCCUUGGCCUCCCAUAGUACAAGGAUUGCAGGCGUGAGCCACCAUGCCUGGCCCUGGUCUGUGACUCCGGAACAUGGAAGCAGCUCCCAGCUCUCAUGGAGAGCUGUUCCUCCUCUGCAUGCUAGGCCAGGACAGCCCCAUGGGGACAUUAACUGAGCAGAUGAGCACCUGCCCCUUAGGAUUCAGUGACAGAAAAACAGGUGAUCAUUCCAGAGGGACAAGGGCUUGUUGGGACAUGCUGGUUCCAUCUGAGCCUCCCAUGGAGUGCUGGAGCCCCCACUUCCCAGGGGGCCAAGGUUACACCUUCUACCCAGGAAUAGCCUGUGUCCAUGAUCUGAUGUGGGUUGGUCCUGGUGAAGGCUGCUGAGUUGCUCAGGGUUCUCCAGAGGAACAGAGUCAAGAGAUGAGAAGGUGGAAGAUGUCCUGGCUGCCAAGGCGGGAUGGGGGGUCUCUGUCCUCUGCCUUGUGUUCUAUCCAGGCCUGCACAGCAGGAGGAGGCCAGUCUGUGUUAUUGGAUUACAGUCCCUCAGUUUGAAAGUUGAUCUCAUCUGGAAAAAUCCACACAGACAUACCCUCCGGCCUAGUCAAGUUGACACGUAGAGUUCACCAUCACAGCCCCACAUUCUAAUUUGAAACAAACAUCUCUGAAGGGUGCCCCAGCUACAGAGCUUCUGCAGGGCAGGCUGAGUCCUCUGUUGCAUCAACCUGAGAGCUCAUCCCUCCCUCCCUCCCCCUCACAAGGACCUGAUGCCCCCCCACCCCCCUCUGCCUGUGGCUCUCCAAGUCUGUCUGCUUCCCAGGACAGGCCUGUGACCAGGGUGGUGAAGGAAAUGCCAGGUGACGUGACCAAGAGAGAUGGGGUGGAGGAGGCCACUCACACCAAUGGCCAGGGAAGGCCCUCUGGGGAAGGGACCCUUGAAACCCAGACUGUGUGACAUCUCUGCACAGAGGGUGAGAGCCCGGUUUUAAUUGCAGCCCUGUUUCUGAUCAUCUUUGUGGCCUUGGCUAAGUCACUCCACUACCCUGAGACUGACUUAGUUUCCUUAUCUGGGACUUGAGAACUGAGCUUUCUCCUUCACAAGAUGUCUGACGCUCUGGGACAGAGAAACAUAGAAAGGGAAGGGAGGCUCUGCACCGGUAGCUCAGCUGCUAGGACAACAGCCACAUAUACCGGGGCUGGCAGGUUUGAAUCCAGCCCCAGGCCUGCCAAACAAUAAUGACAACUACAACAAAAAAAUAGGCCACUGUGGCGGGCGCCUGUAGUCCCAGCUACUUGGGAGGCUGAAGCAAGAGAAUCUCUUAAGCCCAAGAGUUUGAGGUUGCUGUGAGCUGUGAUACCAUGGCACUCUUCUAAGGGCGACAUAGUGAAACUGUCUCAAAAAAAAAAAAAAAAAGAAAGAAAGAAAGAAAGGGAAGGGAACAUAUUGGGAUAAAUAGUGGCCUCCAAAAAUGAUAAUAUAGCCUGAGCAACAUAGUGAGACCCUGUCUCCACAAAAAAAUUAAAAAUUAGACAAGCAUUGUGGUACACACCUGUAAUCCCAGUGACUCAGGAGUCUGAGGCAGGAGGAUCGCUUGACCCUAGGAAUUAGAGGCUGCAGUGAGCUAUGAUAAUGCCAUUGCGCUCCAGCCUGGGCAACAGAGCCAGACUCUAUCUCAAAAAAAAAACAAGGGGUGGUGCCUGUGGCUCAAAGGGGUAGGGUGCCAGCCCCAUAUGCCAGAGGUGGCGGGUUCAACCCCAGCCCCAGCCAAAAACUGCAAAAAAAAAAAAAAAUGGGCAGCGCCUGUGGCUCAGGGGGUAGGGCACCAGCAACAUAUACCAAGGGUGGUGGGUUCAAACCCGACCCCAGCCAAACUGCAACAAAAAAAAUGGCUGGGUGUUGUGGCGGGCACUUGUAGUCCCAGCUACUCAGGAGGCUGAGGCAAGAGAUUCACCUAAGCCCAAGAGUUGGAGGUUGCUGUGAGCUGUGUGAUGUUAUGGCACUCUACCGAGGGCAAUAAAGUGAGACUCUAUCUCUACAAAAAAAAAAAAAGAAGAAGAAGAAAAUACCCAUGUCCUAACCCUGGAACCUAUGACUAUGACCUCAUUUGGAUAAAGAGUCUUUGUAGAUGCUAUUAAGUUAUGAAUCUUGAGAUAAGCAAGUCACCCUGGAUUACCUGUAAACCCAAUGACAAGCAUUCUUAUAAGAUACAGAAGAGAAGAGGCCUGGGGGAGAUGGCCACGCAAGGAUGGAGGCGGAAACUGGAGAGAUGCUUCCCCAAGCCCAAGCCCAGCAGCGCCUGGAGGCACCUUCUAGAGCCUGCAGGGAAGCCCAAUGCUGACACCUGAGUUUGGACUUCUGCCCCACCCUCCGGAACUGAGAGAGAAUAAAUGUCUGUGGCAAGCCACUUCGUCUCUAGUCAUCUGUUUGGCAGUCACAGAUGGUCCUUCUGCGUCUUCUGUUUCGUGGGAGGAGACUUCUGAUGAGAUGGGUCAGCCAGCAUUGCCAGUGCAAGGAAGGGCCGAGCUCUCACUGGCAAAGAACGUCAGCUGCUGAUCAGCGCGGAUCACCGGAAGGCCUGUGGGCUGCUUGGAUCCCUGUCUAUCUGAGAUGGGCCACCCAGGCUGACCAGCCAGUUCCUGCUGGAGGCCCUUGGUGUGAUCUGGGAGACCAUGUCCAAGCCCCCCCACCUCCUGCUAUGUCUGCUCCGGGCUGCCCCGAGGCAACGAGUCUGCACCCUGUUCAUCAUCUUCUUCAAGUUCAUUUUUUUCAUCUCUGUCAUGAUCUACUGGCAUGUUGUGGGAGAGCCCAAGGAUCAAGGGCAGCUCUAUAACCUGCCUGCAGACAUCCCCUGCCCCACCUUGGCACCCCCUAUCCGGCCCUCCAGCACCCCCACUCCAGGCAACAUCUUCUUCCUAGAGACUUCAGACCGGACCAACCCCAACUUUCUGUUCAUGUGCUCAGUGGAGUCAGCUGCCAGGACUCACCCCGAAUCCCACGUGGUGGUCCUGAUGAAGGGUCUGCCCCGCGGCAACGCCUCCCUGCCCCGGAACCUGGGCAUCUCACUUCUGGGCUGCUUCCCCAAUGUCCAGAUGCUCCCGCUGGACCUGGAGGAGCUGUUCCGGGACACGCCGCUGGCAGCUUGGUACACGGCUGCGCAGGGGCACUGGGAGCCCUACCGGCUGCCGGUGCUGUCUGAUGCCUCCAGGAUCGCGCUCAUGUGGAAGUUCGGGGGCAUCUACCUGGACACAGACUUCAUCGUCCUCAGGAACCUGAGGAACCUGACCAAUGCACUGGGCAUCCAGUCCCGCUAUGUCCUCAACGGUGCCUUCCUGGCCUUCGAGCCCCAGCAUGUGUUCAUGGAGCUGUGCAUGCACGACUUUGUGGCCCACUACAAUGGCUGGAUCUGGGGCCACCAGGGCCCACAGCUGUUCACACGGGUCUUCAAGAAGUGGUGUGCCAUCCGCAGCCUGCAGGAGAGCCGCGCCUGCCGCGGCGUCACCACCCUGCCCCCUGAGGCCUUCUACCCCAUCCCCUGGCAGAACUGGAGGAAGUACUUUGAGGACAUCAGCCCCAAGGAGCUGGUCCAGCUGCUUAAUGCCACCUACGCUGUCCACGUGUGGAACAAGAAGAGUCAGGGCACACAAUUCAGAGCCAUGUCCAGGGCACUGCUGGCCCAGCUUCACGCCCACUACUGCCCCACAACACACGAGGCCAUGAAGAUGUACUUGUGAGGAGCUCACCAGGCCACCACCCCACCCACCCCUGAUGGAGAGGGGUGCCUGCCCUCCUUCUGGGGAGGCGAGAUGGCAGGACCUGGGGUGGGGAGUGCGCUGGGGCCACCUGGCUGGGCCAGACUGGUGAGGAGUUAUUGCAGGAGCCACAGCAGGCCCUGGGGACAGCCCCUCCAAGCCAGAGAGACUGUGGACACCCCCUGGGCCAGUGCCCUGUCUCAGGCCAGUGCUGACAAGUGGUGCCAGAACCAGCUGGAGUGAGCUUGGUGAGUGUCCCAGGCCUCCUAGACCUCAGAGUACCUCCCAGGUGGUACAGGGCAGCCAAGUGAAGCCAGGCAGUAGGGGCUGAGCUACCCUGGAGGGAGCCUGGGGAGCUUGGAGAGCAGGAGCAAAGGGGAUAAGGGAGGAGAGGGAGGUUCCUGGCAGGGGAGGAGGCAGCCAGUGGGAGGGUGCAUACCCAGUCCUAGGGAAUUUUCGGAAGGGAAGAACAGGGUGAGGCAGGUGGAGCUGGCGGAGAGCCUUUCCAGAGAGGCCCCUCACACCCACCCACCCUUUCUGCUUCCAGAGAUGCUGCCCCCUGGCUUGGGCAUGGGAGCAUGGAGGUGCUUUUGGCUCAGGAGAAGAAUUUUAAAGAACACUCCGUCCCCCAUUAUAAAAACAGGAGAAUAAUAAAUAUGAUAAAAGUGACCUACUGACAUCUAGUGCUUCAUAGCUGGUGAAGUGCGGUUGCACGCACAGCUCUUAUCAGCUCCGUUCUGAUGAGGAAACAGCUGGGGCCACACAACUGGUCCAGAGCGGAGGGCUCAGGAUCCUGCUGGCAGCCCCGCAUGCCCUGGGAUGGGCCUCCCUGCGGUGGGGGUGUGAGGCACCUGUUUUUCUUUCACUUUCCAAGGCUCACAAACACCUGCACUCUCACCCCCAGCCCAUAAUGGAGCCCACCACCAGGGCAGCAGGGAGCCCAGCCAAUCCUGGGAGGGGUUCCAGUGGGGGAGGUGUGAGGGCCUGUGGCAUUCCUCCAGCCUCACCCUGGCAUGCCUGCCAAGAUCCUGGGAGAGGCCAGAAGUAUCCUGAUGAGUGGCCCCAGGGCUGGGCCAGAGGAAAAUCUCCCUCAGGACAAGGCCCCAGCUGGUUCACAUUUUGGAAGCUGAUGGAGGGCCGGGGCGUUCCAACCAGGCUGAGAAGCCCUCCUGACAGGGCUGGCUGGGUUGGGGGACCUGACAGGUGCUCUGGUACCAAGCUAGGAGGUGGCCUGCACCCCCUUGGACCCUGCCUGAAGACCAUCUUGGGCAGCCUGGUGAGGAGGUGAGUUCCCUGGCUCUCCAGGUAUUCAAGAGCAGUGACUUUUUUUGUGAAAACAAUGAAUUAUAAAUUGAAUAUUUCUCCAACCACAUCAUUUCACCUAUCUUUAAAAAUUUAAAUUUAAAAAAGAAUGAGCAGGCUUGGUAGGGCACAGUGGCUCAUGCCUGUAAUCCUAGCCCUUUGGGAGGCGAGGCAGAUGGAUUGCCUGAGCUCACAGGUUCCAGACCAGCCUGAGUCAGAGGGAGACCUCAUCUCUAAAAAUAGCUGGGUGUUGUGUGGGACCCCUGUAGUCCUAGCUACUUGGGGGCCUGAGGCAAGAAUCGCUUAAGCCCAAGAGUUUGAAGUUGCUGUGAGCUGUGACAGAACAGUACUCUAUCAAGGUGGACAAAGUGAGACUGUCUCAAAAAAAGAAAAGAAAAACUAGCCAGGUGUUGUGAUGGGCUACUCAGGAAGUUGAGGCAAGAGGAGCACUUGAGCCCAAGAUUUUGAGGUUGCUAUGAGCUAUGAUGCUAUGGCACUCUACCCAGGGCAACAGACUGAGACUCUGUCUCAAAAAAAAAAAAAAAAAAAAAAGGCUAGGCCAGGUGCAGUGGCUCAAGCCUGUAAUUCCAGCAUUCUGGGAGGCCGAGGCAGGUGAAUUGCCUGAACUCACAGAUUGGAGACCAGCCUGAGCCAGAGCGAAACACCCUCCACCCCCCGUGCUGGGUGUUGUGGCAGGCGCCUGUAGUCCCAGCUACUUGGGAGGCUGAAGCAAGAGAAUCACUUGAGCCUAAGAGUUUCAGGUUGCUGUGAGCUAUGACUUCAGAGCACUCUACCAAGGGCAGCAAAGUGAGAUUCUGUCUCAGAAAAACAAACAAAAGAAUGAAAAAGAAUGACCAAGCUUUAGUUUUAAAAUACAAAUAAUAUAUCUAACUGUAUAAGCAAGUGAGAUGCCCUCUUAGAGUCAUAUGAUUUGACCAUCAUAUUAUAGUGAGUGCCUACUGUGUGCCAGUUACAGAAGUGAAACAGACACCCUUCCCUCCCUUUGCCCUAAGUGCUUCCGUGGCUCCUGUUGCCUGUGGAACAAAGGCUGAGCCCAACAUUCAAGGCCCUCCAUGAUCUUGCUCCACUUCCCUCUGCAGCCUUGAAUUUGACACCCUCAUUACACUAAACUGCAUACUCUCAGCUCCCCUUCCCACCCCACAGCAACAUGUUGACAGUCUUUAUCUUUUUGCGGAUCUGCCUGCACUGCCCUUCCCAACUACCUUCACCAACAUAUUUCUCCUGUUCCUUUCUGCAGUGCCAAUGCCCCCUCCAGGAAGCCUUCCCUGACUGCCCCUCCUUCAGUCCCAGGGCUCCCAGGCAUCCAUAAUGGUUGGAUUCUUGACCUGUCUGCUCAAAAGUCAAGUCCUUAUCUGGGUCAUUCCUGGAGUUAGGGUCAAGGAUGCUCCCCAGGGGCAUCCAGGUAGCUAUGUGGGGUCCUUGAGAAGUUCCUUUUGGGUCCGGCAUGGUGGCUCAUGUCUGUAAUCCCAGCACUCUGGGAGGCCGAGGCAGGAGAAUCCCUUGAGAUCAGGAGUUUGAGACCAACCUGAGCAAGAUGAGACCCCAUCUCUACUAAAAAUAGAAAAAAUUAGCCAGGCAUUGUGGUGGGUAUCUGUAGGCCCAGCUAUUCAGGAGGCUAAGACAGGAGGAUCACUUGAGGCCAGGAGUUUGAGAUUACUGUGAGUUAGGCUGACACUAUGACAUUCUAGUCCCAGUAACAAAAUGAGGCUCUUGUCUCAAAAGAAAAAGUUCCUUUGGUCCAUGCAGAGCUCAGGGCCUGGAAGGAACUAGCUCUAGUAAAACAAUAUAAAAGUGUGAUUUUGUAAGGCAAGUUAAGGUACAGUAAGAUGUACAUUCGUUUCAAUGUAGAACAAAACUUGAGCCUCUAAAAAGAUAUUCUGUUGCUCACAUCAUCAUGAAAUGUUUUACAAGGUUGAAUUGUGGCUGGUCUUAGAACUAAGAAGGACUUGUCCCAGGGCUGACACCCACUGGGGUCCCCUGCAGGGGGAAGGGACAGACCCCAGUUAGACACACCUGGGGUAGAACUGCAGCUCUACCGGGCUCUGGCUAUGUGGCCUUACACAAGUCCCCUGACUCUCUGAGCCUCAGUUUCCCCAUCUGUAAAACCUUACAGGAUGUCAUGAAUGAAAUCUUGUGCUGUCUGCUGCUCGGCCUGGAGCAGAACAGGCAGGAAGUGCCAGGAGGCCUGGAGUGUCUUGACACCAAUAGCAAACCCCAAUUUUGUUUAGCUUUCAGGUAGCCUUGGGCUACAGAGAAAAUGGGAGCCUCCCCAGGCCCUGGGGGUGAGUCUCAGUUGGUCCAUGCCAGUCCUGGUCAUUCCACUCCUUUUGCUAGUAAUUGGUAUAGAAAUGGGCAUGUUGUAUAAUAUUAUUCCGGCCAAUGAGAGUUAGGGGAAGUCAGCUGGAAAGGGGGAUUUCUGAGAAAAUUUUCAUAGACACAGGGAGGAACGUUUCUUCUCUGUUUUUGCAUAAGGGUGUGGUGCUCAGAGCAAGGGGUAGCCCUCUUGAGGCCAUGAGGGGACAAUGUGAGCUCAAAAGUCAAUGCAGUAGAUCCUUGAAGACAGAAAAAUGCCAAUGAACUGCUGAAUUAACCAACCCUGGAGGCACCUCAUCACCAGACUCCUUGUGAUGUGUGGCAGGCCUGGUGGACUGCUCCCUAGUGGCCAGUCCUCCUGUGAUCCUCUUAGUAACAACAGAACACACUGAGUUUUGGCUGGACAUUACAGCCCCCUUGCUGCAUACUACGCCCCCCAGCCUCCUGGGCAGCCCAACCAUGGGAUGUGAGCAAAAGUGAUGUGUAUAGCUUCUGGGUUACUUCUACAGGUGUUCACUCACCUUGGGCACUCUCUCACCGCCCCCUUCCCACUAGCUGGAACACAGCAGCAACUGGAGCACCGCUGGCCCCAGCGUGCUUGCCUUGGGACUGUGAUGUGAGACAGAAAUAAUCCUGUACCUUAUUUCAGCUACUCUGUGUUGGAGCCUUUUUGUUACAACAGCUUGCAAAGGUCCUUAACCAAUGUGUCAUGUGGGACAGUGUCCCUUCAUAGUUUCAGCCACUCUUUAUUGUUUCUAGCAGGCAGCAGCCACCUGUCUGAUCUUGUUUCUCUCCUUGGAAGCUGGCAGAAGCUGGGGCUGGGUUCUAACUUUUGGUGGUGGGUAGGGACUGGGAGGCCGUCCUCCUCUCUGAGUUCACAUCCCACGCACCACCUGGGUUUCCUCUGCUGCUGCUCUGCCCACCCACCCCUCCCCCACAGUAGCACUGACCACACCUGUGUUCAGGUGCCUUGUCCUGUCCAGACCCCAACCUCACAGUGGAACUCCCAGCAUGCCUUGUACUGGACUGGUCCAAGUUAGAACCCAAAACCAGACUUCCAAGAACAUGGUCCUGGUCCGUAGAUGGAGGUCAUUGCAAUUUAAUAUUUAAACAAGAAGUUGAAUAUUGAUACACCAGCAAAGGCGAAUUAGUUCCGCUACCCUAGAGCAGCUGGGAAGGCGACUUUCCUUCCCUGCUUGCCUGUGCCUGGCCAAUGGGAGAGCUCACUGAGUAACUGCUGGUUUGCGGGCCUUGACCCCCUGCCAGGCCGGUCAGUGUCCCCCUGUAAAGGAGUAAAGGAUGGAUCUUCAUCUUCCUCUUAGUCCUGGCCAAAAAAAAAAUCUGUAAACACCCUGGCUAGAAACAAGGGGCUAGCAACAAGCUGGAAAUGAGCCAAGCAGGCCUCUGAGGGAGGAUCCGAUUACAUGUCCCCGGGGCAGAUUUCCGUAGGUGGUCCCUUCCUUCUCCUUUCCCAGAACUGGGUUGCCCAACAAAUAUUACAGCUCAUACUCCUAAGUUAGGGGGAGGGAGAAGCAGCCUGAGACAGCCAGGGCCUGGUGACUUGAGCUUUGGAUGGGGCAGGAGGAAGCAAAGGGUCUCUGGAGUAAGGCCCAGAAAGAGCAGAGGAGCCAGACUCCUCAGGCUGCCAUAUGGGGCUGCAGGAGGAGGACGCUGGGCUCUGGUCUGUGGGCUGGCACAGGCCGGUGAUGGGGAGUUACGGCAGGCAGGCCCUGGACUCUGCCCCAGCUCCCCACACAGCCCCCUUCCUGCCCUCAGUGCAGGACAGCCAAGGUCUGUUUCAAAUCUCAGCACUGCCAUCUACUUGCUUAGCCUGGGUUCCUCCAUGUGGAAAGUGGGGGUGUGAUAAUAAUACCACUCUAAGCCCAUAUGCUCUGUGCCAGGCGCUGGCUGGCUGAUUAAAUUGUCACAACCUUAGUAGGAGGUAAGCCCCACCCAUCUCCUCUCUGCAGAAGUGGAAGUGGCCACAGCUCUGGCCAGGGCUUGGAGGGAGGGAAAGGGGAACUUUGGACCCCCUGUCCUGCCCUGAGCAUUAGCCAUCUCUCAUGGCCCAAAUGAGGUGCAAGAGCACAGCAGUCUGAGGGGCAGAGGCUGCAGUCCUCACCAGCUGGUUGGUGGACAGCAAGGACACCUUCUGGCAUGGAGAUCAAUCAGCCUUUCUCCUGUCACCCUGGUGCCACCAGUGCCCAUCCUCUGGGCUUCUUUUUUCCCUAGGGGCCUAAAAAGUGAAAGAGGAAGACUCAGCCAGCACUUCUGCUUUUAGUGUCAGGAGCAUUUGAGAGUUCUCCUGUUCUGGACGGGGGCCUGCCUGGCAUGACAUGAGGAGAGUUGGGGCCAAGACUGCUUCCUGGGUCCAGUCCAGAAUGUGGUCCUUAGAGAAGGACCAUAAAUGCUCUCAGCCUGCAGUUCUUCAGGGCCAGCUGUGACUGCUCAGGCCCGGUCUAGCCCAACCCUCUGGGUUCAGAGGUGUCAAGGAUACAGUUUUUUAGGGGUUUUUUUUUUUUUUUUUGAGACAGUCUCACUAAAUCACCCUAGGGUUGAGUGCUGUGGUGUCAGAGCUCACAGCAACCUCAAACUCUUGGGCUCAAGUGAUUGUCUUGCCUCAGCCUCCCAAGUAGCUGGGGAACCACAAUGCCUGGCUAUUUUUAGAGAUGGGAUCUCUUUCUGGCUUGGGCAACCUCAAACUCCUGAGCUCAAGCAAUCC